AUGGAUAAGGUUAACUACGUCAACAAGGCAAACCAAAUCUUUGAUGACAGGGAAGCCUAUGCACCACUCGCUGCAGACCCAACGAAAAAGCAAGCCGCGACUAUCAAGAAGAAAGUGAAUGAGCUUGCCCGAUUGAAGCUCAUAAGCCCCGAUGACAGCAGAUCUAUGACCCUCAAUGACCCCCGUAUCGCACGUGCGUACGGCCUUCCGAAGGUGCACAAGACAGAUGCGCCGCUGAGGAUCAUUGUGCCACUUAUUGGAUCCCCUACUUACAACCUUGCCAAGUGGUUAUACAGACAGUUAAAGCACCUCGCAAAUGGAUCGCAAUACAGCAUCAAAAACUCUCAGGCUUUCCUACAAAAGAUCCAAGGCCUUGAAGUAAGUCCUGACGAAUGCAUCCUAUCGUUCGAUGUUGUUGCCCUAUUUUCUUCAAUACCACACGACCUAGCGAUUGACAGCGUAGCCCGAUGUCUAGAACAAAGUCCCAUUGGCAUUCCAACAGAACAUGUUCUAGACAUGCUUAAGCUUUGCCUCAAGAAUUAUUGUCAGUUCGAUGGCAAGUACUAUCAACAAGUAAAGGGCACCCCAAUAUCGGGGCUGCUUGCAGAACUAGUCUUGCAGCGACUAGAACAGGAUGUUGUGCACACCUUCGAACCAAAAAUGUGGCUCCGCUACGUGGACGACACAUUUGUCAUCAUAAAGACCAGGGAAGUUGACCGAUUGCAUCGGAGCUUAAACAUCGUCUUCCCGGCUAUACAGUUCACCCGCGAGGAAGCAACAGGAGACACCCUCCCGUUCUUAGAUGUGAGCAUACAAAGACGCCGUGAUGGCAAACUAGCGACAAGCGUCCACAGAAAAGACUAG